ACCCCUCAAAAUACACCUAUAUAUAUCAUUCUCUCUAAAUCAUUCAAUAUCAAAAUCUAACCCUGCUUUUUCUUCUCUUGAAUAGUACCCAAAUGGCUUUCUCUUUGCUUUCUAAGCUUUCAAUUUUGCCUUUGUUAUCUUUGUCUCUCUUUGCCUGCUCUUCAUUAGCUCAUGAUGAUUUUUCAAUAGUGGGGUAUUCUUCUGAACACCUCACUAGCAUUGACAAACUUGUCCAUCUUUUCGACAAGUGGAUCUCGAAACAUGGCAAAAUUUAUGAAAGUAUAGAAGAGAAGUUUCAGAGGUUUGAGAUAUUCAGAGAUAACUUAAAACACAUUGAUGAAACAAAUAAGCAAAUCAGUGAUUACUGGUUGGGGCUUAAUGAGUUUGCUGAUUUGAGCCAUGAAGAGUUUAAGAGCAAGUAUUUGGGACUCAAACCUGAUUUCACUAAGAGAACAGGAUCCUUUGAGAACUUCAGUUAUAGAGAUGUAGUGGAUUUGCCCAAGUCUGUCGAUUGGAGAAAGAAAGGAGCUGUCACUGCAGUCAAGAAUCAAGGUUCAUGUGGAAGUUGCUGGGCAUUUUCCACUGUUGCUGCUGUUGAAGGCAUAAACCAGAUUGUGACAGGAAAUUUGACAUCCUUGUCCGAGCAAGAACUGAUCGAUUGUGACAGAUCAUUCAACAAUGGCUGCAAUGGUGGUUUGAUGGACCAUGCAUUUGAAUACAUAAAAUCUAGUGGUGGACUUCACAAGGAAGAUGAUUACCCUUAUCUUAUGGAGGAAGGUACCUGUGAAGAGAAGAAGGAUGAGAUGGAGGUAGUGACCAUAACUGGUUAUCAAGAUGUGCCAUCAAAUGAUGAACAAAGUCUUAUCAAGGCAUUGGCUCACCAACCUGUUAGUGUAGCUAUUGAUGCUUCUGACAGAAAUUUCCAGUUCUAUAGUGGGGGAGUGUUUAACGGGCACUGUACAACUAUGCUAAAUCAUGGGGUUACUGCUGUGGGAUAUGGAACAGAUAACAUCAUAGUAAAGAAUUCAUGGGGACCAAAAUGGGGUGAAAAGGGUUACAUAAGAAUGAAGAGGAACACUGGUAAACGGGAAGGACUUUGUGGGAUCAACAAAAUGGCUUCAUUUCCCACCAAGAAACAAUGAUUUUUGUACUAGUAUAUAUUGCCUUACCUUUAAAAGCAAACAUUUGCCUUUUGCUGUUAAGUUAAAACUGUCUACUUGUAACCUUAUCAAUAAAAUGACUCAGUAUAAUUGAAUAUGAAAUUUACUACUAGUCAAUGGAGGAACAUGAAAUGAAUAUAAACUUCAUGUAAUAAA